UCGCCCCUCCCGCAGGCGCUGCCGGCCGCUCGGCACCGAGGCCGCGGCGCUCGCCAUGGCCGCCCCGCCGCCGCCCCCCCGCGCCCGCCGCCCGCCGCCGCCGCCCGCCGCCGCCGCCGCCGUUCCCCUGCUCGCCCUGCUCCUGACCGGCGUGCUCGGCGGGGCCCGCGCUUUGACAUGUCUGUGCUCCGACUGCAAACAAGCAAACUCCACGUGUGAAACGGACGGUGCGUGCAUGGUCUCGGUCUUCAACCUGGAUGGUGUUAAACACCACGUGCGGACCUGCAUUCCUGAAGCAAAAUUGAUUCCUGCUGGGAAACCCUUCUAUUGUCUGAGUUCAGAAGAUCUGCGUAAUACUCACUGCUGCUACUCUGAUUUUUGCAACAAAAUUGAUUUAAUGGUUCCCAGUGGGCACCUGAAAGAUAACGAGCCCCCGUCAAGCUGGGGUCCUGUGGAGCUAGUGGCGGUGAUUGCCGGACCCGUCUUCCUUGUGUUUGUUGUCAUGAUCAUAGUAGUCUUUGUGUUUCAUCACCACCAACGAGUCUAUCACAAUCGUCAGCGGCUGGACAUGGAAGACCCCUCUUGUGAAAUGUGCCUUUCGAAGGAUAAGACCUUGCAAGAUCUAGUCUACGAUCUCUCCACCUCUGGCUCUGGCUCAGGUUUGCCACUUUUUGUCCAACGGACUGUGGCUCGAACGAUUGUCCUUCAGGAGAUCAUUGGUAAAGGGCGUUUCGGGGAAGUGUGGCGUGGCAGGUGGCGUGGAGGUGACGUCGCCGUAAAAAUCUUCUCUUCACGGGAGGAGCGUUCCUGGUUUAGGGAAGCAGAAAUAUAUCAAACCGUGAUGCUGCGACAUGAGAACAUCCUGGGAUUUAUUGCUGCGGAUAACAAAGAUAACGGAACGUGGACUCAGCUGUGGCUCGUCUCCGACUACCACGAGCACGGUUCUCUCUUUGACUACCUGAAUCGAUACACCGUGACUAUCGAGGGGAUGAUCAAAUUGCCCCUGUCGGCUGCUAGCGGACUGGCCCAUCUGCACAUGGAGAUUGUGGGUACUCAGGGUAAGACCUGGAUUGCUCACAGAGACUUGAAAUCUAAGAACAUCUUGGUGAAGAAGAACGGCACGUGUGCCAUCGCUGACCUCGGACUGGCCGUCCGGCAUGAUUCCGUUACGGAUACAAUUGAUAUUGCACCAAAUCAGAGGGUCGGAACCAAACGGUACAUGGCCCCUGAAGUCUUGGAUGAAACCAUUAACAUGAAGCAUUUUGAUUCAUUUAAAUGUGCUGAUAUCUAUGCCUUGGGCUUGGUCUACUGGGAGAUUGCUCGAAGGUGCAACGCAGGAGGUAUCCAUGAGGAGUAUCAGCUUCCCUACUACGACCUGGUACCCUCUGAUCCCUCGAUUGAAGAGAUGCGGAAGGUCGUGUGUGAUCAGAAAUUACGGCCUAAUAUCCCAAACUGGUGGCAAAGCUACGAGGCGCUACGGGUGAUGGGUAAGAUGAUGCGAGAGUGCUGGUACGCCAACGGAGCGGCUCGACUCACUGCCCUCCGCAUUAAGAAAACCCUCUCACAGCUCAGUGUCCAGGAAGAUGUGAAAAUCUAGGCUCUGAGCCCCCCCAGCAGGAGGAAACUGCACAAAAGCUGCCAUGCUAGAGUAGACGUGUGACGGAGGCCUACCUCGUGUUUCUGCCCAAUCUACUGCUACCAACCAGACAGCGUGACCUACAGGCUGCUCGGUGGGGUGACGGAGCCUAUGGAAUUGCUCUCUUCCCUGCUUGGGUAUGAAACAAUCAGAAACCUUUUAUGAUCACCUCCUGACAGCGUGAAGACUUGAGAGGGACUUAACCUGAGGGAUCUCAGCCAUGAUCGUAACUCUUUGUUUCUUUAACAGAAAUCCCUGUAAAGUUCAGUGCGCGCGGUGCACCCGUUGGCAGUGGUUGAGGCCGGGGUGCUAGGUGCUGGGAGUGGGAAGGGAAAGGGAAGGUUUUUCUUGCCGUACUCUGUGGAUUUAUUUUUUUCCAGGGACUGGCACGUUUAUGCAGAAAAAGCAUUUGCAAAACAAAUGGUGCUCCCUUCCGAGAGGCUGAGCCUGAACAGUUUAUCAGCUUCAUGAAACCGUUUCCCUCCUCUUUUUCUUUUUUUUUUUUUUCUUAAGCUUGAAAAGAAAACAAAAUAAUUCUAAGUCAAAACCAGAAAUCUGACUGGCUGUCAGUGUGCGCAAUGGUGUAUGCAUGCGCGAGGUGCGCGUGUCCCCUGUGCCUGUUCAUCUCCUUCCGUAGACGUGCGGUGUCUGCCCGUAGGGUGGCUCAUCUCUGUUCGUGCUUUCUGUGCAUGUGCAAAUCUAGAGUGUCUGUUUUUUUUGAGCUGUGCGCGCUGGUGCUCUCCUUUGUCGAGUAGUGAGCAUUGUCUAGCUUGGACAGGCUGCUUAAAACCAGAUCCUUCGCUCGCCGAUGGGUGCUGCGGCCUCGCCGUCCCAACACCGGCUGCAGGAGCUUCCCGUCAGGUUGCCUCACUGCCACCCCUUCCCUUUUUUUUUUCUUUUUUUUUUUUUUAAGACAAAACAAAUGAGGAUUUAACUUCACUCCUGGAAUCCAGGUGGUUGGGGUUUUUUGUUGGUUUAUUUUUUUGUUGGGUUGUUCGUUUUGUGUUUUUUUUUCUUGAGCCCCUGGGGUUUGUAAUUCUUGGUAGGGUAGAAAGAGGGACCUGGGGAGGGGGGAGAGAUGCCAGGGAGCCGAGACGCGUGUCGGAGAGCAGGCACUGCGCCUAGCUGGAAGGAGACCAGACCACAGGGAAAACGCAGGAAGACCAUUCUCGUAGGAAUGCAGUUCCCAAAUCCCCCAUCCAGGCACGCUCAGCAGCGUGGGGCAGACUCCUGGGGGGGGGGGGGGGGGGGGGCUGGGUGCGCUCUGCACCCUCCGAGAGGCGCUCGGCGCUUGGCAGGCUCUCACGCCGGGGUGUGGGUUUGGAAAUCGAUGUCCAUUUUUUUGAAUAUACAUAUAUAAAUAGCUCAUCAUCUGGAAGUGGCUGUGUAUAACUUGUGGGGUGGGGGGGGAACUUGCAUGACUUUUCUUUUGGUGAAAUGCCGGAUUCGGGGCGAAGUAGAGUUGGGUUUUGAGUGUUGUCUUACAGCUGAGCCGAGCAGAAAUGGAAUUAGCGAAGGGUUGAGCCUGUGGCGCUGAUCGCGGCGUUGAAGGCAGUCUGGGAAGUGCCGGUUGUUUGGUGGUUAGGUCAGGAUCUACGGUAUAGAACUCUGAAGCCAUAACUUUUAACUGGAGUGGUUUUGAUUAUUAUUUUUUUAUUAUUAUUAUUAUUAUUAUUAUUAUUUUAUGGGAGGGUCUGGAUUUUAACUUUUUUUAAUGUUGUUAAUUCUUUAUAAGAGAAGAAAAACAAUCUAUAAUUAUUACCUCUUGACCUGUUUGUAAAGAAAUCACUGCAAAAAAAAAAGGAAAAAAAAAAAGAAAAAAAAAACCCCAAAUGCACACAGCUCGAUUUACACUGGAACUGUUUCUACUCAAACUUUGCGCCUGCUCUGUAAGGUGAGGUUUCAUCUCUGCUCCGGCCACCGGGGUUAACCUAUUUUAUUUUUUUUUAAAAAAAAAAAAACACUCUUCUUGCUGUCUGUGUAUCUGUCCGUGUGUCCGUCUUCCCCCAGACUCCCUCUCUUGUCUGUGACUUGGUGUAAAGUGAGGAGUGGGGGUUUUUGCAUCGUGUCUGAAGCCGUUUUUGCAUCCUCCCGUGGAGCUGAGCGGUCGCGGGAGGGCCGGCGGGCUCGGGGCUGGUUCACGGAGCAGCGUGGAGUGGUCGCUGGGUGAAUGUACCGCUUCCCUUCCCUCGCCCGUUCCUCCUGACGCCGUGUCUCAGCCAGGGGUUACCCUGCGUCUCCGGUACCGUCCGUCCCUUCCCCAAACCCUCCUGCGUUCAGAAACCGAGGUGGUGGGCGCUUGGUGGCUGCGCUGACGGGACCCUCACCGUGGCCCGGCCCGCUGGGUUGGGGGAGGAAGGUUUUAGCGAUGGAAACUGCCGUAGGGAAGCCCCUCGCGGCUAUAGGUCCGUCUGCCGCCGCCUCUCGUUCCCCGGUACGAGUCUCCCGUCCCCGUUAACCGCGCGGGCUGCUUCUCCAGGACACUAAAUCAGCUACGUAACUCGCACUGGCUCCCCCCACCCCUCCAACUGUAGCCACACAUGCAUCUGCCUCAGCGCUAAACCAAACAGCGGAGCGGUUUCAGGCCGGAUUAACGGUAGAAAGGGGUGAGGGCAGGACAACGAGGGUAUCCCCUACGAGCGGGAUGGCAGGAGGAACCUUGUUUGUAGAGAGAUGCCAUCGCGAGGUGAUGAAAAGCGAGGAUUUGAGACGGGAACGCUGAUUAUGUAGCAUUUAUACAGCACUUUUCACGCAAACACGUGCCAGGGAGGUGCAGUGCUUACUUAGCUGACCGGUAGCAAACCUAGGGAAUCGCUGCGGGGAAACGCAACGCUACAGGCAGUUGGGGAUGAGAAAUCCUGACGGGAUCGAGGGGAGAUCAGGUACUCGGGGAGAGGCGGAGGUGGAGAGCUUGUGAUUCUUUGGGGGGGGGGUCCGUUGGGGGUACGCUGGCUUCAGAACGGAUCUCUCGGUACUUGCCUGCCCCUUUUUUAUUUGUUUGGGUUUGUCUAUUUGAUUAGAAACGGACUGUAAAAUAGCCACUUAGACACUUUACCUCUUCAGUAUGCAAAUGUAAAUACAAUGUAAUAUAGGAAAUCUUUUGUUUAAUAUAAACCGAGGCUGUCGAUUUCUGCUGUACAUUAUUAAAAGUUUGUUUUAUUCA